GCGGCCUCGGUGUUUCGGCGAGUUCCGCCCGAGUGGUGGUGGAGGAGGAGAAGAAGGAGAAGAUACCGGGAAAUCGCGUUGACUGAAAUGAAUCCGGAGACGGUCGCCGGUGGGGGGGCCACCUCAGAGCCGCCCGCGUUGAGGAAGGAGGCUGGUGUUUAAGUGGACAGGAUGUGGCCGAGCAGAGCAGCGAGAGGUUGGAGCAGGCUCUGAGGAAAGGACUUGUCAAAGCCUUCCAACAAUCACCUCCCGGACCAUGGGCGCGGAUUAACAACAACCAGCUGCCUUCAGAUUUGUCCCGGGGGGAAGGAGGGGUUUUAUUUAAAAAUUAACAGGUUGUGGUUACAAAAUGGGACAGCCUGCAGCGUAGCUGAUGGUCAGUGGGACACAGACUGGAAGCCUGCUCCUCAACUUGAGCAACAUGGGCUUCGCACUCAGGCUGCUGUUGGCAGGCUUCACCUUCAGCUGCCUCUGCUUCCAUCUGCUGCUGGCGAUGACAGAGCAGGAAAAAGGCGCAAUCAGGAAUGAAGUUGUUGAAAUGUUUGAGCAUGCAUACAACAACUAUAUGGAACAUGCAUACCCUGCUGAUGAGUUGAUGCCCUUGAGCUGUCGUGGAAGAAUUCGUGGAUUAGAGCCAAGUCGUGGUGAUGUUGAUGAUGCCUUAGGAAAGUUUUCACUCACUCUUAUUGAUACAUUAGAUACGCUAGUUGUACUAAACAAAUUAGAUGAGUUUGAAGAUGCAGUGCGAAAAGUAAUACGACAUGUCCAGUUCGAUAAUGACGUUGUAGUCUCGGUGUUUGAAACUAACAUCCGUGUAUUAGGUGGGUUGUUAGGAGGUCAUGUGAUGGCAACCAUGUUGAAGAACCAUGGGUCCAAGGUUCAUUGGUAUAAAGAUGAGCUUCUAUAUAUGGCUAGAGACAUAGGAUAUCGACUCCUGCCUGCUUUUAACACUACCAGUGGUCUACCAUAUCCAAGAGUAAAUCUGAAGUAUGGAAUCUUGAGCCCUCUGUCCCGAACGGGCACAGAGUCAGACACUUGUACAGCCUGUGCUGGAACCAUGAUUCUGGAAUUUGCAGCUCUCAGUCGCCUGACGGGUGAAACUAUUUUUGAGGAAUAUGCACGGAGAGCAAUGGAUUUUCUAUGGGAGAAAAGACAGAGAGGCAGUGAUCUUGUGGGGACAGUGAUCAACAUCCACAAUGGUGACUGGAUCAGGCGGGACAGUGGAGUGGGUGCUGGAAUUGACUCCUACUACGAAUAUUUGUUGAAGGCCUAUAUCCUGCUGGGAGAUGAUGUAUAUUUGGAGAGAUUUAAUACACACUAUGCAGCCAUUAUGAAGUACAUUAGUCAGCCUCCCCUGCUUCUCGAUGUUCAUAUGCAUAACCCUACAAUUAAUGCCAGAAAAUGGAUGGAUUCACUUCUUGCAUUUUUUCCAGGCUUACAGGUACUAAAAGGGGACUUGCAACCUGCAAUAGAAACUCAUGAAAUGUUGUAUCAGGUUAUACAGCGACACAAAUUUCUCCCAGAGGCUUUUACCACUGACUUUGCGGUUCAUUGGGCUCAACAUCCUUUAAGACCCGAAUUUAUUGAAAGUACUUAUUUCCUUUAUAAGGCCACCAAAGACCCUUAUUAUCUACAGGUUGGUAAAUCUGUUGUGGAUAGCUUGAAUCAGCAUGCACGCGUGCCUUGUGGCUUUGCUGCUGUGCAAGAUGUCCGAACUGGCAAUCAUGAGGACAGGAUGGAUUCAUUCUUUCUGGCUGAGAUGUUCAAGUACCUCUAUUUGCUGUUUGCUGAUGACCGUGAGCUGCCCUUUCACCUUGAUGACUAUAUUUUCACCACAGAGGCUCACUUACUGCCUCUUACACUAGCCACAGUUUGUCACACCUGUAGUAAGAAUAUAACGAGUGUGCAAUUGGAAAGUAAAGUUGCUGGUGUCCUUUCUCAUACGUGCCCAAGUGCUCAAACAUUGUUCCCUAAUAACCCGUCCUAUGCACAGAAAAUAAGGGAGACCUACAGAGAUAUCGUUCCAGAUGCAAGUGCACGGACAUCUGCAGAAAGAGAAAAGUGUAUGGAACCACCCCAGUCUAAAGUGUUCCCAACACUUCAAACGAAGGAUUUUGUUGCUAGUGGCAUGGAUCAUUUGGAAGUCCUGAAGCAAAUGGGGUUCUCUAUAGUUUCAACCAAUGAUGGACGUAUCCAGCUGACACACACACCUGAUCAGGCUGCAAGUUCACAGAGUGGUCAGCAUGGCCUAAAGUUCAUUGCAGAAAUCAUUGAACUGGCUCAAGCGCAGGCGAGAGGAGAGAUGACAUCAUUUGCUGUACAGAUUAUAUCUCCUCCAUUUUUGGGACAAGUGGUUUUAGCUGCAGGUCCAGCUCAUUUUGGAAUGGACCUCAGUAAACAGGAGCAUGGGGUUAAAGGGACCCUGAUGAAAGCCAUUCCAUACACUGCAUGCUUGGAUGUAACUAACUCGGAGCAGGUCCGUGGUAAAAUUGUCUUGGCACAACGUGGAGAUUGUAUGUUUGCAAAUAAGGCAAGGAAUUUGCAACGGGCUGGGGCCAUUGGAGCUGUCAUUAUUGAUAAUGUAGAAGGCAGUAGCAGUGAUUCCUCCCCUGUAUUCCAGAUGGCUGGUGAUGGAGAUAAUGCCAGUGAUAUUACCAUACCCCUCCUUUUCCUCUUCCACAAAGAAGGCUCAAUCCUACUGGAUGCUCUGAAUGCAAACCAGAAUGUGGAUGUGCUGCUAAUCGAUAAAGCCAAGCAGCUCGGACAGGAAAGCAGACAUGAGGAGAAAACUACAGGAGAGAUCACAAUCCAUAUCCAAAUUGACUCUGUGGACACACAGGUUGCUCAACUAGAACUUGGCAUUAGCUCUCCGAGCUGUCCGGGGCCGGAGUCAGCAAAGCACUCAAAUCCAGGUGGACUUCAAACCCAAAGUCAGGAAAUUGUUGAGCAUUCACCUGAUGCAGAAAAAGAAGAGAGUGAAGGCCAUUCAUCAGAAGCAUUGGACCAGAAGGAAGAAGUGGAAACUUUUGAAGGAACCGAUGAGGAUGAGUUGUAAAUACUACUUGCAAAGGUGAAAUUUCUUCUUGUACAACUCUAUUUAACUUCAGAGGGAUCGUGCAAUCUUAGAUUUCUCAAAACCACGCUGCUUAUAUUAAAUUGAGAAUUCCACCAUUUGUUACCAGUUUUCUGGGCGGGGUUGUAAAUAGUGAGCUAUGAAUUUGAAUAGGAAAUUACAUUGCCUUAAUGGAUGUAUAUGUGCUUUUAAUUUAUUUUGAAAGUGGCAAGGUGCCCAUUUUCUAGGGGGAAGUUUCAAUAUUGAAAGGCAGAGCUGUAUUAUUAGGGACCUGGAAUUUUGGAUGUUCUGCUUUAACAUUGGGGACUACUGUGUUUAAUCAAAUAGAGCUCAUUGAAGUGAGUAUUUUGUAAAUUGAUUACUCUAUCGCAAUGCCAUAAAUUUUAUUCAAAGGAAUCGUCUUUCCUGGUGCGAAAGGAACCAGCUAUUUAAAGUAACUUUGUUGUUGCUGCUAUCCAUUUUAUGUCCACUGGUCAUUUACAUGAGUAUCAAAAUGGAGAGUGGACCGCAUUUUUAAGAAUGACUUUGAUUCAGGUUUGAGAUGCACCCAUCAAAAUUGAUUUACUUCAGCAAACCAUCUUUUCUCAACACUGGCAGGUGCAUCAAUGAAAACCUUUUGAGUCUACGUACAGUCUCUGUAACACUAAUAUAGUAUAACGCUAAAUUAGAUUUUCAGAUGAGCAAUAAAUAUUUAGUCAGUCAUUUCUACCAGUAAAAAUUCAUAAAAGUUGAAAUUGGUGACCAUGUAGUUUGUAUAUAAAUACUGCUUCAAACACAUCGCAAAUCUUUUAUAUUAACAUGUUCAUCCAGCCACGGCAGGGUUAAACUGUUAAACUCGGGAUUCAUUUAUCAGGGACUUCGAAGAAAAUUUUGAUUAUUGAGUAUUUAAUUUUUGUUUCCCCCCCCCCCCCCCAUUGGAUACAAAUGAUUCUUUUACAAUGGGAAAGCAAAUUCAGUGAUGUUCCAAUACUGAAGUUUAUUAAAAUUGGAUGUUUGAUAUGACUGAAGAAAUAUUGUAAUAUCUGUUGGAUUUGAACAUAAAUACCUACUUGUUUGGGUUGAUGGAAUAGAAGGAGGUUUUCUUUUGAAUUGUAUAACUGAGCAAACUCUGCAAGCAUCAAUACAAUGUUAAAUGUCGAUUGACGCAUUGCAGAAUUUAGCAACAAAAGGCCAAAAAUGCACAAGCUGUCAAAAAUCUCAUUCAUAUUUUAAUAGAUCAGACCAUUUUAAUAGAUUUGCCAAGGAAUAAGCUACCUCCAAACAGCUUGUAUAAAGCCUGAUCUUAAAUAUCUGUCAAACAGUUAAUUUUGAAAAUGUGUUAAGGGCAGCUUAAAAAUUUUUUUUCCAAAUGCCAGAAGAGAUGGAAGAAGCAUUUAAUGCUAGCAUACAGUGAAUGUUUGAUAAUUGGUCAGCAGUUCUUCAUUUCUGAGCAGUGCCUCUGAGGAUGUGGUGACCGAUGCCAGUCAUGACAUGAGGGGUAUUGCAAGUAAGGGGUGGCAACAAUAGCUGGAAGUGGUUCUCCGUGGCCCUUCUCUCCCCUACGCUAGGUACCUCCAUCAAACACAGAGAAUGCCUUUGUACAAAAAGAGAAGCCCCUCUCCCUGGAAGCUCUCAAGAAACCCCAGUAAGAUUUGCUUUUCUGGCUUCCCACAUGGCAAAUCCCCAGCACUCCACUAGUCACCAGCAGCAGGCUAAGAGCCUGAAUGCCUACACUGGGGGUCUCAAUUGGUGGUGGGCUGGGAUGGCCAUUCUUACGCCUUCUGACCAUGGAUUUAAUAGGGGCAAAGGCCAGAGGCAGCGGGGUCUACACUUGCCAACCUCCUGUCUGAUUUAAAUGCUUUACACCAUCAAACCUGCCUCAAUCAUUGAAUCACACCCUAAGGUUUCUUCCUCUGCACGUUGUGAAUGACAUGUUCUAAUCCAAUUUUUAUUUUAAAAAUGCAUAUGCAAAACCUAUUUCACAUUCAAAAUCAGACUUCUGAAUAAUUUAAACUUUUUAAUGUUAUAUUCAUUAAUGUUCUUAAACUUAAAAAUGAUAUUUAUGUUUUCAAGGGGGAGAAUUAACAUAUUAUUUCUUGUUAGCGGUACAUCUUUUUCUAUAGUAAUUCCUGUCUGCCUAGUAAAGAGGAGCUGGAGUAGAAAGGGGGAAGGUAGAUAGUUGCUUGAUGAUUUUGAUUAAUGUACAUAUCUGCUUCGGUGCAAUUUAUUUUUACUCUUGUAGCCAUAGUCCUUAUUUAGCAUUAACAGAAAAAUAAAACCCUGAUGUUGUUAUCAAUUGUUUUAUAGCAUGCAGUUCCAGACAGUUGUCACAAAGCAGUUGAAACCAUAAUCUUUAAUUUUAAUAUAUUUGGUUUAUUUUAGACAAUUAGUAUUUUGUUGACUCUUGUUAAUGGUUUCUUUUAUUGUCUGUCAGCUUAAAAUGUUCAUUGUCCAUUCAACUAUAUUUGUUACUGAUACAAAAAUAUAUUCCUUAGAAUACACAGUGAACUAUUCUUCUAAUCUAUCGAGAGUAAAGGGAGAUUUUGAUGCCAUUUAAUUCUUCAGUUAUUGAUUCCUAAUACAGGCCUUCACUCAUAGCUUACCACUGUAUCAUGCUUAAAUGAAGUUUGAUGGUGUUCAGAGUAUGGAUUUAAAAGUAUAUAUUAGGCAGUACAAUUUGAGGGUUACAAGCAAAUAUGCACAUCAAGAUUCAUUUAGAUAUAAUGAGUACACUCACACCUGCAGAAUAAAAGUUUACUAGGGUGUCUAUCUAUCUAUCUUGUACACAUGAAAAUUAAGUAGAAACAUUACGUUAAUAUUCUAUGUAGAGCUUUUAAUUUAGGACCAAAGGGAUUGUUGGUUGUUCUCAAAAAGCGAUAUUUCUGUACUUCACCAUUUUCAACUGAGCUUGAUAGAAUUUUGAAAGCCUACUUUUUAAACAAUGAAGUGGACAUAAAAUCAUUUAAAAUGUAAUUUCUAAAUGUAUUGGGUUUUUUGCUGUCUAUGUAAUUAAGAUAAAAACUGUAACGAAUGUCAAAAUGAAUUGACUUGUGAAAA